GGACAAGCGCCCAUGCACCGGUGCGCCACCGAGGCCAAAUAUUUGUACGGGAGGUGCAGGCGGGCAAGCGCUGUGAGGGCAUCGUCCACAGCAACCCCGGCAAAUCCUCAAGGUGAGCACGAAUCUCUGCUUAAAUUCUGCAUGGACUGUGUCUGGGGCGUUACGGGAGACGAUGGCCUUCGAAUGAGACGCAGAUUGUAGGAGAAUGGCUGUUGGAAGAGGGUGGAUGGCAUAUGGAGGUGGCUGAUGACGCCGACUUCGCAUUUUGGGCCGCCAAACCACUGAGAGGCAUUCGCUGACUUUGUUCCCCCCGUGCGUUGUUUGGUACAGAUGAAGGUCGAGAUCGACACAUUCUCCGGCUACCGUAUCUACCCCUCGAAGGGUAAGCUCUUCGUCCGUGGAGACAACAAGAUCUUCCGUUUCGCCAACGGCAAGAAUGAGUCCCUCUUCCUCCAGCGCAAGAACCCCCGCAAGAUCGCCUGGACGCAGGUGUACCGCCGGAUGCACAAGAAGGGUAUCACGGAGGAGGUUGCGAAGAAGCGUUCGCGCCGCACCGUGAAGCACCAGCGUGGCAUCGUUGGUGCCGACCUCAACUCCAUCGCCGCGCGGAGGAACCAGAGCGCCCAGGCCCGUCUGGCGGCGCGGACGGCGGCCAUCCAGAAGGCCAAGGCGGAGAAGAAGGACAAGGAGAGCAAGAAGGAGAAGAAGCCUGCGACCCGCGCACCCGUCUCGACCGCACCCCGUGUAUCGAAGCAGCAGAUGAAGGGUGGCAAGGGCGGCCGUUGAGCUGUGCUUGCGGAUUUGUCUUCUGUCGCUCUGCUAUGUUAUGUUUCGGCUCCUACACACACUGCAAAAUGUAUGGAUACAGCAUGCCCCCCGCGCUUAUGACAUUAUGCCACUGCUGUGCCUCGCCACCAGGUGUACUCUCUUCGGACGAAAGAUUCAGGUCGCGCCUCGGGAUGCUAACGCGCCGUGAUUUCCAUGUGUAUGAUGCUACGAUCGGACUUCCAGGGCUCAUGUCUCCGUUGCUGACCAAAAAGAGAUGCUCACAGGGCUCGGAACGAUGGAUCGAUGUGAGUGGCCGUACUCGGAGGAAGUAACUAUG